AUGGGUGACGACUCGGCUGACUCGAUUCCGCUGACCCAGCGCAUGGGCAUCGAUCGCAUUUCCAUCGACUACGCGGGAACACUGGUGCCGUGGAUGACGCACGGGCGGUACGAGAAGCGUAUCCGCGUGCCGCGUCACCGUGACACCCCGCUUGACUUCAACUCCGUGCGCCCCGCGUUCUGCUAUUCGAGCUUCUCGAACCACUACAACGGAGUAUGUAGCAACCUCGCGCACGCCUCCUUCAACCGCAACAAGUUCCCCAUCGUAAGCUUGAAGUGGUUCCCCAAUGGCAAGACGCUGCUGGCCGGCAGCCAGGGCGGCAAGCUGAUCAUGUGGAACGGUCUGACGUUCCAGUUUGACGACAUCAAGCGCUAUCCAGUGAGUGGAGGAAGCGUGACUGCGAUCGAAUGGUCGCCCGACGGCGACUUUCUGAUUUCUGGGGAUGAGUUCGGCAAGCUGGCGCUGCUCUCCCCUGCCCUGAGUCUGCUCGACAACACGCUUUUCGAGGGUCUGGGAAAGCCCGUGCUGGACGUGUCCAUGUCCCAGAACGGUUCCAAGGUGUGCGCGUGCGCGGACACUUACUCCCCGCACAUAUGGGACGUCCAGCGCCGCCACCUGGAAGGGGUGCUCAGCGGCGAACAUGUGGACUCCACCAGCGUGUCGUGCAUGCAGUGGCAUCCCACAAAAUCUCUUAUCGCAACAGGCAGCAAGAUCAAUGUGGUCUCGCUCUGGGAUCCCGCAACCAGGGAGCAUAUUUCGACCAUCCACGCCCACAAGGCGCCCAUCUGCAAGAUAUCGUGGAACCCGGAUGGGUACGCAUUCUUGACUGCUGCGGUAGACGGGCUGGUAAAGCUUUGGGACCUGCGGAUGAUGAAGCAGCUACUGGUCUACAAGAUUGCCUCACCGCCGGCUCCUGCGGCCAACGUCAAUGCCGCUGGGCAGCCGAUGCCACCGCCCGUGAAGAUGCUCACGAUCCCCACGACGAUCGGCUGGAACCCUGUGCAGCGCAACGUCUUCUCCGUGUGUGACAACAAGUCGCGCCUGUUCUUCUUUUCCAGCGACUUCGCCGAGCCUCUAGCUGAGAUAAACGUGAAUGUGACGGACGACCGCGACACGGCCACGCUGGCCAUGGACUGGCAUCCCAUGGGUCACCUGCUAGCCACGUGCUCCGACGACCGCGUGGUCAGGUUCUGGAGCCGCAGCAACCCGGGUGGACUGAACAAGCAGAAGGAGAAUGUGAAGGCAUUCGGUGAUUCGGAGUUCGUGCGGUCGUUCCCCCUUUCGCGGUACAAAUUUGAACGCAAGUUGGACAUAUCGACACUGCCCUGCGUGACCCGCGACCACCGCUGA